CUGCACAUUAACCAACUUCACCCACUGCAGAAACUAUAUGUCAUGUAUGGCGUACACUGGUGUGCUGGGAUUUUCCAUACCGCCGCCAUUGAGCUCGACCAGAAAACCGAAGGCGAACACGAGGGACACUACUUUCUCUUGCUGCUCAACUUCAACCUCCAUUAACGAGCAAGAAGCGGCUACAAAUUUCGCAUACUCCAGAGCUACACCUUCAGUAAGAUGGCCGCACUUGAAAUUCAACGAGACCCAGUACCGUUUUCUCGAGAAAACGCCGUAUUCCGACAUUACAGACGAAAUCGAGGCGGAGAGAGAAGAAAUUGAAACGAACCCAGAUGAGGAAUUCGUUAACGAGAACGAUCACGAGGUGUUCGAUAAAAGGCUCAGCAGAAAUAGAGUCAAGAAGAUGACCAAGCUGGAGCUCAAGAGGGCGAAGGACUGGCGAAAGAGGGUGCAGAUUUUGACGGAUAAGAUUCUCGCUCUGAAGCCCGAUGAGUUUGUGGCCGAUGUUCUGGACGAGAAGCUGGUUCAGAUGACCCCCACCGAUUACUGCUUCGUUGUGAAAUGGGUCGGCCAGUCGAGCUGGCAGAGGGCUUUAGAGGUCUUUGAGUGGCUCAACCUCAGGAAAUGGUACAAGCCCAACUCGAGAAUGGUGGCCAUGAUUGUGGCCGUGCUUGGAAAAGCCAAUCAAGAAGCUCUGGCUGUGGAGAUCUUCACUCGGGCCGAAUCUAAUGGUGUCAACACUGUGCAGGUGUAUAAUGCAAUGAUGGGCGUUUACGCUAGGAACGGGCGGUUUUCAAAGGUUCAAGACUUGCUUGAUUUGAUGCGCAAAAGUGGAUGUGAGCCCGAUUUAAUUAGUUUCAAUACAUUGAUAAAUGCACGGUUAAAAUCUGGGCCUAUGAGUCCGAAUCUGGGACUCGAGCUUCUGGAUCAAGUGAGGAGAUCGGGCAUUCGGCCCGACAUAAUCACUUACAACACUCUCAUCAGCGGCUGCUCGCGAGAAUCCAAUUUGAAAGAAGCUGUGAGUGUCUUUCAGGAUAUGAAGGCCAAUAAGUGUGAGCCCGAUUUAUGGACUUACAAUGCCAUGUUAUCUGUUUACGGGAGAUGUGGGCUUCCGGGAGAGGCCGAGCGUGUUUUUAACGAGUUGGGAUCGAAGGGUUUUGCUCCCGAUGCAGUUACUUACAACUCUCUGCUGUAUGCAUUUGCUAGGGCCGGGAAAGCGGAGAAGGUGAACGAGAUUUGUGAAGAAAUGAUGGAAAUGGGGUUUGCAAAAGAUGAGAUGACCUACAAUACUAUUAUUGACAUGUAUGGGAAAAAAGGCAAGCAUGAACUUGCUUUGCAGGUAUACAGGGAUAUGGAGACUUUUGGUCGGCAUCCUGAUGCGGUUACAUAUACUGUACUUAUAGAUUCUUUGGGGAAAGCGAAUAAAAUGGAAGAGGCUGCAAAAUUGAUGUCUGAUAUGCUGGAUUCGGGCAUAAGGCCAACUUUGCGUACUUACAGUGUAUUGAUAUGUGGAUAUGCAAAAGCUGGUCAAUGGCCGGAGGCUGAGAAGAAUUUUGACUGUAUGGUGAGGUCCGGUAUUAAGCCAGACAAUAUCGCAUACACUGUCAUGCUGCACGUGUACCUGAGGUCAAACAACGCGAAGAAAGCGGUCUCUUUGUACCGGAAAAUGGUUAAUGACGGUUUCGUCCCUGAGCUUGCCCUGUAUGAAGGUCUGCUGAGUGUGCUCAGUGGAGAAAACAAUGAACAUUGCAUACAGAAAGUGGUUGAGGAUCUCGAGGAUCUGCAUGGCUUGGGCCCCGACAAAAUCAGUUCUGUGCUUACCAAAGGUGGCUGCUAUGAUCUUGCGGUGAAGAAAUUGAGACUUGCGGUGAUGGAAGGUUCUAAUUUGGACCAGGAGACUUUAUUAUCGAUUUUGACUUCGUAUAGUUUAUCCCGGAGAUAUCGUGAAGCAAUAGAGCUUCUGAAUUAUAUACAGGAGCAUGGGUUUGGGUCCCACCAGUUCGUAGCUGAGUCGUUGGUUGUUAUUUAUUGCAAAGCUGGCCAAUUAGAUGUUGCUUUGGAUGAAUACAACAAAAAUAGCGACUUGCAUGCUUAUGGUGGCAGCUCGGUUAUGUAUGAUUCCCUUAUCAAAUCCUGUGCUGAGAAUCAAAAUUUUGCUGAAGCUUCUCAAGUAUUUUCAGAUAUGAAAUUCCACGGGAUUGAGCUUUCGGCAGAUACAUAUCAAACAAUGAUUCUUAUUUAUUGCAAAUUGGAUUUUCCCGAGACGGCUCAUAAUUUAUAUACAAAAGCAGAAGCAAAAAGCUUUCCUCUUCAAGACUCGUUAAUAUGCACGAGCCUUGUUGAAGCUUAUGGAAGGGCAAAACAACUGGUAAAGGCAGAAAGCGUGGUUGGGAGACUGAGGCAGAGGCAUAACGUAUUGGACCGUAAAGUUUGGAACUCAUUAAUUCAAUCUUAUGCCGCAAAUGGUUGUUAUGAAAAAGCAAGAGCUGCUUUUAGUACAAUGAUGAGAGAUGGGCCAUCACCAAGUGUUGAUACCAUGAACGGCUUACUGCAGGCUCUUAUUGUCGAUGGGAGAUUAGACGAGCUCUAUGUUGUUAUACAGGAUUUACAGGACAUGGGUUUCAAAAUCAGUAAGAGUUCUAUUAUUUUGAUGUUAGAAGCUUUUGCUCAAUCAGGUAAUGUAUUUGAAGUGAAGAAAAUAUACCACGGGAUGAAAGCUGCUGGAUAUCUACCUACAGUGCAUCUCUAUAAGGUUAUGAUUGGUUUGCUGUCGAGGGCAAAACAGGUAAGGGAUGUUGAGGCUAUGGUUUUGGAAAUGGAGGAAGCAGGUUUUACUCCCGAUAUCUCUAUAUUUAAUUUGUUGCUUAAAAUGUACACAAAAAUAGAGGACUAUAAGAAGGCAGCUCUGGUUUAUCAGCGAAUUCAAGAAUCUGAACUUGAGCCGAAUGAUGAAACUUACAGUACUUUAAUAAUAAUGUAUUGUAGAGAUUGUAGACCUGAAGAUGGUAUUUUAUUGAUGCGUAAAAUGAGACAGCUAGGUCAAAACCCUCACAUGGACACCUACAAAAGCUUGAUUUCAGCGUUUUGCAAAAAGCUAAUGGUGGAAGAAGCUGAGGAGCUUUUUGACGGCUUAAAGUCCGAAGGGCACGCACUAAACAGAUCCUUUUAUCACUUGAUGAUGAGAAUGUAUAGGAAAUUGGGGAAUCACACGAAAGCUGAAAAUCUACUGGUGACUAUGAAAGAAUCGGGAACUGAGCCCACGUUUGCUACAAUGCACAUGCUUAUGACUUCUUAUGGGAGCUCCGGACAUCCAGUGGAAGCUGAAAAAGUGCUUAACAGUCUAAAGUCUAUGGAUUCAAAUCUAAGCACUUUACCAUACAGUUCGGUUAUUGAUGCUUAUCUGCAGAAUGGUGAUCUUGAAAUAGGCAUUCAGAAGCUCGAGGAGAUGAAAAAGGAUGGCUUAGAUCCCGAUCACAGGAUAUGGACUUGUUUUAUUAAGGCUGCAAGUUUGUGCCGAAGCAUUGGUGAAGCCACCGUGCUACUGAAUGCGAUUGAUAAUGCUGGUUUCCAUAUUCCGAUAAGGCUUUUGACCGAAAAUUCGGUCCCAUUGCUGUCUGAAAUAGAUUCCUUUCUAAAGGAACUAGAGCCUAUGGAAGAUAACGCAGCAUUCAACUUUGUUAAUGCUUUGGAAGAUCUGCUGUGGGCUUUCGAACGCCGGGCAACUGCUACAUGGAUAUUCCAAUUAGCAGUUAAGAGGAACAUUUAUCACCACAAUGUGUACAGGGUGGCUGACAAGGAUUGGGGGGCUGACUUUAGAAAGUUAUCUGCUGGGGCUGCUCUAGUUGGACUAACCUUGUGGCUUGACCACAUGCAGGAUGCAUCACUUGAAGGUUUUCCCGAAUCCCCGAAAUCUGUAGUAUUAAUUACUGGCACAGCCGAAUACAACAAGGUCUCGUUAAACAGCACGCUCAAAGCCUACCUUUGGGAAAUGGGCUCCCCAUUUUUACCGUGCAAAACCCGAACUGGGGUUCUCGUUGCAAAAUCUCAUUCUUUGAGGAUGUGGUUGAAAGAUUCUCCUUUUUGCUUGGACCUCGAGCUGAAAGAUAGCCCUGUACCACCUGAGGUUAAUUCAAUGCAGCUAAUCGAAGGAUGCUAUAUAAGACGAGGGCUGGUCCCUGCUUUUAGCGAUAUAAAAGAGAGGCUUGGGCAUGUGACACCUGGCAAGUUCUCGAGGCUUGCUUUGCUGUCAGAUGAAAAACGGGAUAAGGUUAUCCGGGCUGAUAUUGAAGGUAGGAAAAAUAGAUUGGCUAAGUUGGAAGAAGUUGGGGCUAUGGGAAAGAGGAAAGUGAGCAGGUUUAAAAAAGGAAAGUUUAUUAGGAGGGAUGCUAUUUUUGGAGCUGAAAAUGGAGUUUUGCCGUAAGUUUUUUUUUAUCCUACCGGAAAAUGACCAACCGGUAUCUUCAUCAAAACACCACUCAAGAUGAAGAUUGGGCUCCUUGAUUUUAGGGAAAAUGCAUGUUAGCUCUUGGAAAAUAUAAAUUAAAAAAAUUACUAUCUCGGCUAAAGGUCAUUCUAAAGCUUCGGCUUAUCCCCUCGUUCAUGUGCCUGUGGCUGUGAUUUCUUGAGGCGAAGACAAUGAAGGGCUCUCGAAUCAAAUGGCUCUGAGAGAGAUGCAAAUGCAAUAAUCAUCAAAUUUGCAAAAGAAUUGCAAAUAAGAGCAGAUAUUCCUUUGUCUGGUUGUGUGGGCAUUGGUGUUUGAUUAAUUAUCUAUCAUGUGUUGGGUACUUCAAAAUGCUACAUUACUUGUACAGUUAAUAGUUAAUAGAACACUUGUGUGAAGUCUGAUUUUUGUUUUUUGGCCCCUCUUUAAUGCCCUGUAAUUUUAUCUUCUUCCUUUUUUUUUUUCAAACGGUCAAUCAAUUCUUAUAAUGAACAAAGAUUCAAUGUACAAUUCCACACUGGUAUAUAUUUUUAUCAUUUUGUAUAUAUUUUUUUCUCAUAUAUAUGUUGGUUUGUUGGUC